AUGGAACAUCUUCUAUCGUGGCAUAGACCACAAGUACAAGCUUUCAUUGGAUACACAAGCAAUGGAAACUUCAUGACCAAGACUGUUGAUGAAGCUAAGGUUCUUAUUGAGAAUCUUGCAGCUAGUGAUUGUAACAACUGUCCUGAUUAUGACCGCUCAAGCCGCACCACUACUAGCUCCCCUGAUUCUUUUCAAAUGACUGAACUCAAGAACAUGAUGGCUCAAGUUCUUAAGGGACAGCUCAAGCAUAUCAAUGCAAUAGAAGGGAUGAGUGAUGCUAAUGAAGAUUCAUCAAGAGAAUGCAUGGGAGAUUUCUCUAAUGAAGCCAAUGAAGAAGAUGUGAACUACAUUGGAAACUAUGGGAACAAGGGAUACAAUCCAAGCUAUCGCCCAAACCCCAACAUGUCUUAUAGAAACCCCAAUGUGGAGAAUCCUCAAGACCAAGUGUAUCCUCCAAGGUAUCCACAACAACAAAGACCUCCUUACCAAUCUCAAGGAAGUCAAUUUCAGCCAAGGCAAGGAUAUGAGCAGAGAUCAUCAUAUCCGCCCAAGGAGCCAUAUGCUUCUUCACCAAAUCAAGCUCCUCCAAACCAACAAGGUGGGAGAUUUGAAGGAAUCCUCCAACAGAUCAUGGAUGGCCAGAAGAGAAACACUAAAGAGAUGUAUGAGAAGAUGGACACUUUGUUCAGCAAUCUCAACACCAAGUAUGAUGCUGUUGCCACUCAUGUGAAGAAACUAGAGACUCAAGUCACUCAAACUAUGGAAGCUGUUAAGAGACAGGAAGCUGAAUCCAAGAAGUCCUUUUGCAACUCAGCCGCCAUAGAAGAAAGAUUUGAAGACCAAGUUCCAGAAUGGAUGCUUUCAAAACCUACUGUUGAUUGCAUGAUUUGGCCUGAAGAGAAUUACCCAGAGAGAGAGUCCAAUCGAGCUAGAAAGAGAAGACUCUUCCCAAAGAUUAUCCCCAAGACAGAUAACUCAGGAAAGUUUGUGUGCCUUGUAUCAUCAAAGAUUGGAAAUUGCUCUAUCCCUACUGAUUUCCAGAUUGUGGAAAUGAGAGAGAGUAGCCAUAGACCUCUCAUAUUUGGAACCCCUUUCCUGUCUACUGUGGGUGCCAUAUUUGAUUUCCCCAAUCAAAGAAUCUCUUUCAACAAGGUGAACAAGGGUAUGUUCUUCCCUAUGUGUUCAACAAAGAACUCUUUUGUUGACAUGGUCCAAGAGGAGAAAGCUACUUUGAAGCCACCCCAAGAAGGAGAAACUGAAGAAACAAUCAAGGAAGAUCCCAUUCCUAAGCCCAAGCAGCUUGCCAAACAAGCAAGGAGUAAGACUAAGGCCCCUACACCAAAACCGCCCAAGGGAUCAACCAAGAUUGAAGAUGAGGCCAAGCCAAGAAGGAAGGUUAGAAAACCUAGUAGUGCCAAGGGACAUUCAUGGAGAGAUUGUCUAUCCAGCUGUGAAUCACCCACCAGAUACUCAUUGCAAGGAGAAAAGACUUGGAGGAUCAAGGAUGCCUCUUGUCUCCAUCUUCUCCUGAGCGCCAAGCCUUACAGUCAAGCUAAAGACUUAAAACAAGCGCUGCAUGGGAGGCAACCCAUGAGGAUAGAAGGAGAAAAAGGUGUGAAAACACAAUCCGCGCCAAAACAUUGGCCGCGGACGCGCAAAAGAAUUUUGGCCGAGCAAUUCCAAUCUGGCCGACCGUUACGGUCGAGCCGGGAAGGAAUAGCCGUGCUCGGCCGGAUAUCUACUUGCGCGACAGAAACGUUCGCGCGCACGCACGAACCGGGAAAGAAACGGCCGCGAUCGGCCGAAAUUUUGUAUCGGAACGGACCGACCGUGCCGGUCGAUCCGGGAAACACGCUCGGCCUCGGCCGAAAUUCUCUCGGCCAAAACGAAUUUGGCCGACCAAAUCGCUCGACCGCGACAAAAUCCAUCGGCCAUCGGCCCAAAACUUUUCUAGGCCAAGGUACACCAAUGGCAAAGACAAAAGGAAAUGAGAGUAUGAAGAAGAAGAAGAACCCAUUCAUGGAACCACCAAAGAAGCAAAUCAAGCUAGGGAGUAGUAGCUCCAAUGCAAGAGCAGCAAUACCAACUUCACCACAUUCCAUUGAUGCAAUCAAGAACAUGUGGAGAGUCCAAGAAGAGGAGAAGAUGAUUGGGCACUUGUAA